CACUCGCUUACGUAUUUGAGUUGGUUAUAGAUAACUAUUAGUUCUUAGUCUCAGCGCUAGGUCAACAUGUAACUCGUGAAGGAUGGCGGGCAAGCUAAACAAAACUCAACCUCAGAAAGUCGCAAAGACUGUGCGAAAGCCUAUUUGUUCAGAGAUAAUCAAGCAGUUCGAUGAUAUCCUUGCUGGGCAGAAGGGCUAUGCGGUUGCAAAGUCCUGUGCCAGCAUCCUCGAGGGAAAACUGCAGUCGCUAGAGUAUGAGCUUGGCGGUGCUGGUGGCGUUCCCGGCGAUGGUUUAUAUGGCUCAAUCACAUUGGGCCAGUUCCAUCGCCUGCUUUGCUAUCUGCGCCUGGUGGACCUCUUGCGACCUUGCGAGAGCGUCCUGGGCGACAUCGGUGCGGGCAUAGCGAGGCCGGUGGUCAUUGCUACCUUCUGCUUUGGUGUGGAGGCUACUGGAUGGGAAACCAGCGUCAACAGGGUGUACGUUGGCACCUCUAUCAUUAGUAGGAUAGCCGACAGGUGCACAGCACCCGGCAACAAGGAGGUGGAGCCCCCCAUCAUGGCAACCGUCUUCCACUGCGCAGCGCAGUACAGCAAAAAGCCCCCCACCAUUGCUAAAGCCAAUGCUGCAAAGGUGGACUACAAGGACUGUACGGUUCUGUACACCUUCUGGCAGGGCGUUAACCCAGAUGACCGGAAAGCCAUCUGCGCCCAAGUGGCGCGAACACAGCAGAAGCUCGAGGUUGUGAUCAUCGUGCAGCAGGCCCUUCGUCAAAAAAGCCCAGCAGAGCAGUACAUGGCGGACUUGGGGCUUCCUGGCCUAAGCCUGCUGUGGUACUCACCUGUCGGUGCGCAAGGCGGGCAGAAGUUUCGGGCCUACACCUUUAUCACGGAACUCGGUAGGCGUAAGCAGCAGGCGCCGAGUCCUGAGCGGCUGCCACUCAUCCAGGCAGGGGUGGAUGACGCAGAAGCCCCCAUGGAGCUUGCAGAUGGCGCCGAGCUGGCCACAGCUGCUGAGGCAGCGGCAGCUGCUGACCCUGUUGCUCCGGAAAUGGAGGCUGUCGUGGAUCCUGCUUUGGAGGUAGACUAUGACGCCGCA